GCAUUUGGCGCUUGCCAUGAUGCGUGGGCACCCAGCCCUUCGUCAUAUCGAAAUCAUUUUGAGAUGGUCAUCUACAGUUGUGGAACUAACUCAAGGCCUGCCUAGAUUCACAGAUGUAAGUACUCGACCAAUUCCAAGUCUCAGGGCUAGGUCGUGGCAUACAGGAAGAUGCCACGGCAUUGGCGCUCAUGGUAACCUGUGCAACAUGCAGUGUGAAGUAUUAUUACCUUGUUGUUGGCAUCUUUCCCCUGACCUUGUCCUUCUGUCGUCCUAUACUGCCCCCUCUACCUUCCCUGUCCCCAUAAUCUACCAGGUUUCGUGUCUUUUUCGCUCAGCGCCGACAAGAAAGAUUGAACAGCUCUCACGCGAAGCCAAAAAUUCCCGUCAUAUGAUUCACAUCUAGUGCGCAAGCUGAUAGGCCAUUUUGUCUUCAAGUGCUCGCCUAAUCCGAACGCUUUUGUCGACUCAUCUCCCUUGGCUCUACGUAGUCCAGAGGAAUGGCUGCAAGCAUCCAAACCACACGAACUGUGGCUUCGGAGCGUUCUAUUGCACCUGCACACGCAGAUUCACGACAAAGCUUAGCGCUUGACGGAACCCUGGGAUCACCGUCCUCCCCCAGCAUCAUAUCUGGCCAGGGACCGCCUCCUUCCCAACAGUACCAACAGGAAACCAACGAAGUGGGGGAGUCCAUGUCCACAUCUGAUAAUGCGACCCACUCCACCGGAAAUUCACCUGGUGGGACUAGAUUGCGAAGCUUGUUCAACACCACUACGCACUCUCGGUCAACUAGUUCGGUAAACUCACAGCAGUCGAGUCAUUCGGUGCGUUCCGCGGAGAUAGCCCAUUGGACCAAUAGCUUCGUGCACUACACCCCUGUCCCUCCACCUCGACAGAAACCACCACCGAUCAUAUAUCAACCGAUCGGUCCUGAGCCGCCACUCAUACCUCCGUUGACACUGGUACGAGUUUUCACUAGUGACAACAUCCGCGUAUCACUGUUCAAAUGUAACAGGGACCAUCCAUCUCAGAUGGUCUCCUUCCUGAGGAGUCGUUAGUAUUCCAACCACUCCCGGAUAUCCCGGAAUUGCCUGUUCUCGGAUUCCCAUGGAUGGUGAAUGUGGCCGACAGACUGGAAGGGGUUGAUACGCAGCUAGGGUCGUUUGAGGGUGCAUAUAGUUCCCCUUCCACUAUACAUGUGAGUUUAACACUUUUCCAUGACGAUGACUUUUCAGUAUUGAGGUAUAGGAACAUGCCGAUGUGCUGGAUGAUGAGUUUCGCUCAUCGACAAGUACUUCCAGUGAUACCGACGAUCCACAGACGGAUAACCCU